GCAACGGGACACCACCAACCACCAGCACCAGCGGCGGCUCAGUGUGUCUCUGGUUUCCAGCAGACUAAAGGCGUCCUCUCCUGCGGUGUGUGUCCGGAUGCUGCACAUUCUCCAUGGGAUAUAUGAACACAAAAUGAGACAGCUUUCCGCACCGUGGAUCAGCGACACGACGGCCACUUGUUCCCGAGCUAAGCGCACGUCAGCCGGGGUGGAUUUGUUCGGACGCCGAGUGAGUCUCCCGGUGUUUUUGACAGCUCGAUGUGUCUGAAUACCGAUGGAGCUUUUUUUUUUUUUUUGAUGGGGACAUCUGGAUGAUUGGCACGACGAGAGACUCCACGAAUGUUUGACGUGUGGGAGCUGUGGAUCUCUGAGAUGCAGCCUCACGCCCAUAACAAGUCGAUGGAUGUUGCUAUGCCCACGGUGCAGGUUGGGUUACAGUAAAUAUUUGCUUUUACUAUAGUGCACCCCUUCGGAUGUGGCCUCAAUCGCUUUAUUAUUCAAAUAUUAUAUUAUGAAACGUGGCCUUAAUUGAUGUUGCACACUUCGGAUGAUGCUGUUAUUUUUUUUCAUUCUAUGAUGGUGUCUGCCUGUCUUAAAGAAACCCAAGAAAUUUAAAGACCCCCUCAUUCUCCUUCACUGAUGGAUAACCUAAAACUAAAAUGAGAAAGCCUAAUAUCCACUUGCUUCGCCAUCACCACUGGGAUUGUUGUGUCCACACUUAACUGCUUUCCAGCUGUGGACUGAAUGAAUUCAUAUGAACGGACCCCCUUUUGAUAGAGGCUGUCUGGGGGUGGUUUGAGCAGAGUGGCCAUGCAUGCAGGAUUUAGGCCGGAUCGGCCUGUAGGGAUGUAGGGCACAGAAAAAGCCAUCCAUCCAUUCAGGGCAUCCAUGCCACGCCGUAUAGAACGAAAGCAGCCAAUAUUCAUGGAGAUGGCUGACGGGGGAGGAGCGUCUACACUGGAUAAUGAGGACCCCCGCUCAGAGGAUUGCACUAGGCUCUGUUAGGGACCUUCAUUUUUACUGGUGGUCUAACUACGGCCAGUCCCCUGCAAACCCAAUCUACAGCCACUUUUGGAUUGUCCCUAUCCAUGGAAAAUUCAUCCAGACAACAGCAUGAGCCCUAUUGUCUUCUAGUUAGAUCUAUAUGAACCCUUAGCAUAUUAACCGUAAUGGUGAUGUAGGAAGUCACAAGACAGUGUUUUAUGAGGUAUAAGGGAUAGGAGUUAUGUUUUAAGAGGUCAGCACAUGCAGUUCUUACAGAGAAGAUAAGAUCCAGGCAGCUUUCAUAAAGACAGUGAGUCAGGUUUUUGGAGUAUUCUCAUGGGUUUGGAAUUUGACCAAAUGUGCAUUGUCCCUGAAUGAACUGAACCUCUUAGGAAUACAUGCUGCUCCCUGCACACUGCGCAACCCAACGCACAGCCGGAAGUGGGAUUUGGCGCUGUUUCAACAAGAUGCGGGGAUGGGGACACAGCACUCCCAGUUUUCUGAUCCACUGACCCCAUUUACCUCGCUACUGGUGGUAGAGGUCACCUCACAUCGGUUGAUGGGCCCACGGUGUGCAUUGUGCCUGAGUUGAUAGAGGGUAGGCUAACAGUGUCUAACUCCAGUCCGGCCUCCAUGAACCCGUACGGCAGAGUGAGCAACACGGCAGCCCCCCUGUCCUGCACCAGUUGUGGGGGUUGCUGCUCCCCACCUCCCCCCAGCCUCAUCCCCUCCACAGCUUCCUCCAUGUCGCCGAAUAUAACCCCGCCACCCCUCAUGUGCCCUGCCCCGGUCGUGCAAGUGGAGAAUGGCAGUAGCUGGAACUCAUCCUUUGGCUCCCCGGACUCUCACCCGGGUCACAGCUGCACGGCGCCCAACCCCUACUGGACGGCGGUGUUCGAUUAUGAGGCCACGGCAGAUGAGGAGUUAACCCUGAGGCGUGGGGACCUCCUAGAGGUUCUCUCCAAAGACUCAAAAGUUUCUGGGGAUGAGGGAUGGUGGACGGGCAAGAUCCAGGAUAAGGUGGGUAUCUUUCCCAGCAACUACGUGACAAAGGGAGAUGCUCCCAACUACCAGCAGCUCACUGUAGAUGUGGGUGAGUGCCCUUUGGAGGUAGACUUCGCCGAACUUCUCCUGGAGGAGGUUAUUGGAGCGGGUGGGUUUGGCAAGGUGUACAAAGGGGUCUGGCAGGGGGAGGAAGUUGCAGUCAAGGCUGCGAGGCAAGACCCCGAUGAAGACAUCAGCGUGACAGCGGCGAGUGUGCGCCAGGAGGCCAGGCUCUUCUGGAUGCUCCGGCACCCCAACAUCAUUGCACUGCGCGGGGUCUGCUUGCGGGAGCCCAACCUGUGCUUGGUCAUGGAGUACGCCAGAGGUGGGGCCCUCAACCGAGCCUUGGCUGGAAAGAAGGUGCCCCCGAGGGUGUUGGUGAACUGGGCUGUGCAGAUUGCGACGGGGAUGGACUACCUGCACAACCAGGCCUUUGUACCCAUCAUCCACAGAGAUCUGAAAUCCAGCAAUAUCCUCAUUCUGGAGCCAGUGGAGCGGGACGACCUAAGUGGGAAGACCCUGAAGAUCACCGACUUCGGCCUGGCACGAGAGUGGCACCAGACAACCAAGAUGAGUGCGGCGGGCACAUAUGCCUGGAUGGCGCCCGAGGUCAUCAAGCUUUCCCUCUUCUCCAAGAGCAGUGAUGUGUGGAGUUUUGGCGUGCUGCUGUGGGAGCUGCUCACCGGUGAGGUUCCCUACAGAGAGAUAGACGCACUGGCCGUAGCCUAUGGCGUGGCCAUGAACAAGCUAACACUUCCCGUCCCGUCGACGUGCCCUGAACCUUUCGCUCAGCUCCUAUCAGAGUGCUGGAGUCCGAACCCACACAGCAGGCCCUCCUUCACUUUCAUCCAUCGGCGGUUACUGGCCAUCGAGCAGUCAGCCAUGUUCCAGAUGCCCCUGGAGUCCUUCCACUCCUUGCAGGAAGACUGGAGGCUGGAGAUCCAGCAGAUGUUCGACGAGCUGCGGGCCAAAGAGAAGGAGCUGAGGUCUUGGGAGGAGGCGCUGGCCCGGGCGGCCGAGGAGCAGCGAGAGCAGGAGGAGCAGCUGAGGAGGCGAGAGCAGGAGCUGGCCGAGCGCGAGAUCGACAUCGUGGAGCGCGAGCUCAACAUCAUCAUCCACCAGAUGUACCAGGAGAAGCCCAGCGUGAAGAAGAGGAAGGGGCACUUUAAGAAGAGCAGGCUGCUGAAGCUGUGCAGGGACGGCAACAGCAUCAGCCUGCCCUCUGGCUUCGAGCAUAAGAUCACAGUGCAGGCGUCCCCCAGCGUGGACAAGAGGAAGAUGCAGGGAAGCGAAAGCACCACGCCGCCCGCCAGCCCGGGUGUCAUUCCUCGACUCCGAGCCAUACGACUGACCCCGAGUGACGUCAGCAAGACGUGGGGCCGCAGCGCAGUGUGCAAGAAGGAAGACGUGUCGGCCGGCAAGAAGAAAGGACGCACGUGGGGGCCCAGCUCGACCCAGCAGAGAGAGAGGGUCGGGGGCGAGGACAAAUUGAAAUCACUAAGCGAGGGCUGCAAAGUGUGGUCGUCCAGUGCACCAAACCUAGGGAAGUCCCCCAAACAUGCGCCCAUGGCGGUGGGCUUCUCCAGCCUCAGCGAGAUGGAGGAGUGCUGCGAGUUGGAGGAGUCGCCGGGUUCCCUGCAGCCAUCAGAGACCAGCAGCAACGGGGUGGCCGACGACUCGGGGUCCUUGUGGAGCACCCUGGGGUCCGGCACGGCCAACUUCACCGUCAGUUCUGGCGCCAGCUCCACUCAGGGUUCUGUGGGCGCGGCGACAGCGCUGGGCCAUCAGGACUCGCUGAGACGCUUCAGCCAGAGGAAGAAGAGCGACUUGCUGCUGUUGGGUUGCGCCUCGCUGCUGGCCUCGGUGGGUCUAGGUCAAGACCUGCUGCAGCUGGGCAGACUGCAGGUGAGUCAAGACGAGCAGGAAAUGAGAGAGGAGCAGCGGAAGAAGAAAGAAAGUCUUUUCCAACGCACGGGACGUUUCCGCCGGAGCACGUCCCCCCCCAGCAGAAACCUGUCCUUGUCCCUAUCCCGACAUCACGACUCCACGCUCCCCUCUCUGGACCCUUCCCCGUCCGUGACGCUCCUUUCCUUGUCCUCGCUGUCGGACUGCAACUCCACCAGGUCCCUCCUCCCUUCCGACCCGGACGACUACCCGUUGACGCCGGCCAGAACUCAGGCGCCCCCCCCGGCGGGCUCCUCCCUCAACCCGCUGUUGGACUUGCGGACAGAGAGUUUCAAAAAGGAGCCCAAUCAGUCGCUCACACCCACCCACGUUUCCGCGGUCAUGGCGGUCAACAGAGGGCACAGACGCACCCCGUCCGACGGCGCCAUACGACCCCGGGCGCAAACUGUACUUCACCGUAGGACGCCGUCUGAUGGAAGCAUGCCCAUGCCCCCUCCGCCGGGGGAACCCGUCCUCAGAGCCAACAAAAGUAGGACACAAGGUGUGCUGGACACCCCGGACAUCCCUCGCCUCCCGGACCCCUCGGCCAUCUUCCCUCUCCCCCAGCGCCGUAAGGCCCCCGCUCCGCCCGUCCCCGAGCCGGCCCCCCUCUGCCUCAUCAGCCCCCUCGAGCGACCCAAGACGCUGGAAUUCACCGCCCGUCCCCGGCCCGCUCCGGCCCGGGCGCGUGCCGACCAGUGGAGGCUGGGCUCCCUGUCCAGGACCCUGAGCUCGUCGCCGGGCAGCGGCUGCGACAGCCCCCGGGGAUCGGGGGACGGCGUCGUCGGCGACUCGCGGCCCAACCUGAUGGACAUGGACGUGGAGGGGCAGAAUUUGGACCACACGGUACCUCUGUGCACCAAGAUGCAGCCCGCCGCCCUCUGCGGGCAGCAGUACACGUAGUGAGGAUUCCGCCUUUUGUACCGCAACCGACGGCCUCGAGCGUGCAAAAACGACACUUACCGGAAGCCAUUCCUUCUGCUGGGCAUCCUAAAAAAGGUGUGAAGACCACCCACCAUUCUCCCGACUAACUCGACCACCAUUGAGACGCCUCAAGAAAGCCAUUCCGACCACAACUUACUUACCACAAUGCAUCUGUUUCCUGCGGUCUGCUUGCAUCAUUCCCACAAAAUAAUAUACAUUGAAUUGUUCCUUCAGCCACGUGGUGUCGCUUCCUACAAUCACCUUCGCCAAUGGACUUGUUACAUUAUGAAGCAAAAUCUGAGUUAUUUUCUCCCCCUUAUGUCAUGCAAUAAUGUGAAAAGUAAGUUAUUCACUGUAUACUAUUGGAGAUAAACACAGUCGAGCCCCUAAGAGCUAGAGUGGGCUAACUCCAUUUCGGGGUUUAGCAGGAGAGCGAUUUGAAGUUUUAUGGCUGCAAACAAAUCGGAGGGAUUUAUAUUUUGGUAAUUCAUAAGGCAAUAAUUACUUCUUCGGGAUACUUGUUUUUACCAAAAUUGGAGUUUUCAUCAGAUUUUGGAAUUGGAUCAUAUUUGAUAUUCAUCCUCGAUCAUAUUGUUUGCACUUUUAUUCAUCAACGGAGGUCCUCUUUUAUGUAAUAGCAUUCGAAAAAAGAAGCAAACUUGUAUUCGAAAAAAUGUGCAAUACUGGUCCAAGUACAAACAGUCAGCAAAUCUUUCAAUAUUUCAUAUAAUAGCAUUCCCUCUAUGUCAAAAUUGGAGCUCAACUUUGAUUACUUCUCAGUGGCUCAAUACUGUUGGUUUUGACAAAGGAUAUUAGGGCCACAACGAUAAGAGGAAAAUAAUCCUAGAAUGAUGACAAUGAAGUCAAAAUGUCACAAGAACAAUCAUAGUUUCUUAAGAAUUGUUUCUAAAUUUUAGAAGACUAUAUUUGUUAUGUUAAAUGUUAUAAAAAUAAGGUCAUCAUAUUAUGAGAAAAAGUCUGAAUUUUACCAGUCCUAAUUUUAUCAGAUAAAAAGCGUGAAUAUUACAGAGAAUAUUAUCUUAUUGGAAAAAAAGGAAAGUCCAAAUAUUUUGAGAUUUGUAUUUUUCCGAGGAUAAAGUCGUAAUAUUACAAUUAUAUAGCAAUAAAGAGAGAAAAUAUGAUGUAUUGAAACAAAUUAAUUUGUAAGAUUAAGAGAAAACAAGGUAAAUUUAUGACCAUAAAAUCAUAAUAAUAUGAGAAAGAGUCCAAAUUUAAACAAGAGUAAAGUUUUGCUAGAAUACAAUUUGAAAUUUUAUGAGACAAAAGCCAUAAAUCUGCAAGAAUAUAGUUGUAUUAUUUUGGAAAAAGUAAGAUUUAGUAAAUUCAAUAAAAACAAAUGAGAAUUAGCAACAUAAAGUCAAAAUAUUAAGUCAUUUCAUGAGAUAAAUGUCUUCAUUUUAGGAGAAUACAUUUGUAAUAUUUUUAGAAAUAAAAGUUAGUAAUUUUACAAGGAUAACGGUGUAAUAUUAAUUUUACAAACAUAUUUUGGGGAAAAUAUUCUUAGUUUUUACAAGAUGAAAAUGUUUUAUAUGAAUGAAGACAACAUUUUAUGAGAGAAAAAAUACACAAUUCCACAAGAAAUGUUUGAAUUAUAUGAGUAAAGAUGUAAUUUAUUUUACAAAAAUUGGUAUUAUCAUUAGCCUAAUAGCAUAAUUGCAGAAGUCAUCUUAACUUACUGUCAUCAAAUCAAUACAAAUUACCAAUGUGCUUGCUGUAAAAUUUGUUGGGAAAACGUUUAUCACGAGGGACAGAAAACAUAAAAUUACAAGAAAAAAGGAAUCAUUUUUACAGUACAGGAAUUAAACACCUGAAUAUUAUUUGGGGAAUGUUUUAAUCAUAAAAUUUAAAAAAACAAACAAACAUAAUAAGCAUCAUUUCACAAGGGAAAAAAGACUUAAAAGUACAAAAAAAUUGACAAUCAAAUCGCUAAUUUUAACGUGAUCGGUAACAUUACAACUAAUAUUACAACUUUAUUUCUCGGACAAAUUCCGAUUUACUCUAUCAUUUCUUUUUUUCCACUGUGGCCCUGAUACUCCUCCUUAGUUUUUAAAAACUUCCCUGUUAAUAUGACUUCUACAGAAGGAAGUCCUAUGACAUUGCAUUUUUGACCCUUUAGGGCAACCGUGAUUGCCCAUUUUGACAAAUUCAAAGUCUUAAGGAAGUCGUAAGCUGGCACUUGUACAUGUAUCCAAUCAAUUCACCAUGAAAUAAGUUUUCUUCUCUGCAUCGCAACGACCGACCACAUGGUGCUUGUUUGUCGCAUAGCGCAUCUGUCGGUCCAUUCGUAUACAUGGAUCGCUCAAACACCGUUCUCUCUCUCUCUCUCUCUCUCUCUCCCUCCGGAUGACCUUUCAAGACAAAUGCAACACACAACAUCAACCUCACGUUCACACGGGACCGCUUGGAUCCCCACCUUACCACAUCCCACCCCUUGGUAUCCCCCUUGGUACCUUCUCAGUCCCAGUGGCACUUUAAGAGCCUCGUUGAUGGGCCACUUGAAGCUGACAAAUCACUUUGGACUUGUUACACUGCUGUGCAAAUACGGGAGUGUUGGUGUGUGUGCGUAUGUGCGUGUGUUGUUAUGUAUGGGGCUGUGACCUCCUUGUGCUCAUGAAUAUUUAUUAUGAUGAAAUUAAUUGUUAUUACUGGGAAUUAUUGUUACAAUCAUUUUUUUCCCGUGUACAUAUUUGUUAAUACAACAACAAAUGAGGAAUAACGUGCGUCAUGUGAAGAAUGCUUGGUUGAGAGCCGAAUAAAAAGUAAGAGCCUCAGUCUCCAUAAUAAAUGUGUUCGUUAGACUGAAUGGUGCAGACUGCCACAAUAAUAAUAAAAGUGAUUUGAAUCCGUC